GGUUACAUGUCGUAAAAUUAUGUAUUAAUUAACUUCUCUACUCUUAAUAACAAAUAUUGUAAAUUAGCUGACCAAGCCACAACCAAAUCGACCCAAACACUAAUGAAAUCUAAUCUCACAAAAACUAUUCUAUUUCACCACAAAAUGCAUCUUCUCGAUUUAGAUUGGUUUUUAACUUAUGAACUAUGAAUCUCUCACGUGCUUUGUCAAUAUGUGAUUCGCCUAAUGUGUUACAUACACCCCCUUUGGAACUCAACGUCCUCGUUGAGGUUUGCGCUACCAUCGUUUAAGAGGGACGCAAAGAGGUUCUGAUACCACUUGUAACAUCUUGUACCUUUUGCCGACAAGAUAUUGUCGGCUUGGGUUUAGACCCUCGCGAAUUUUGUCUCUGGGUGCAUAUCAAGGUGACUUCCAAUAAGGUCACCCAUCUUUGUAGUGCUACACAAUGAGCACGUUUAACUUCGGAGUUCUCAUAAUAACUAUUAUAUUUCACCCCAAAACACGUCUUGUUAGUUAAGAUCGGUCUCUUACUUAAGAACUAUGGAUCUCUCUCGUGUUUUGUCGAUGUAGAAUUCGCCUAAAAUUUUGCAUAUGGUACCUACAUUGAGGAUUUUGGAAAGGUUUGUUAAGACAGGUCAAAUUCGACCUAAUUGACCCAUGUUCACCUCUAUAUUGUAUAUUUUUCGGUGCUUCUUAUCAAGGUUAGACAACGAUUCAAUCCAUAUCGGAAAGAAAAAAAAUAUUCCAGUUGAGAAUAAAAAUGGAAUCAUAUUAUAUUGACUUUAUUUUUAUUUAUAUAAAUAAUAAAAAUGUACAUUAACAUGUAUAUAGCAUUAAUUUGAUUCUUCACUCAUAUUAAGAGUUUAAAAUAAUCCUAUGUGAUUCAAUUGAUCUGAUAUAUACAUGAAUAUGAUGAUUAGUUAACAGGAGAGGCUUAAAUAAAAAUUGGAUUAAAAAUUGAUAAAGAGGCAAAAUUUUGAGAUAGAGUUUCACCUAUGUGAUUAUUAUUAUUUUUUCCCCAAAACUACCCAAAACAAUUAUAAGCAUCAGUUUAAAUGAUACCAAUGAAGGGUGGAGAUGUGGAUUGAAAUGUUGACAACCCUUUAUAUCUCCUUUUUAAGAAGAAACAAAAAGAUGACCAAAUAACGUGAUGAUAAUUGAUGGAUAAAAACCGGUCAAAUGUAUGAGUCAUUGGAGUUUUAAAGCCAUUAAAUUAUGACCUACAAAUGUAGUAAUGAAACGAACCUUUUGUCUUUUUUACUUUGUUUCAUUUUUUAUGUUCAAUUUUAUCAAUUUGGUGGUGACAGAUAUGUAGUGGCUAAGUUAUUUGUUUUUAUUAAUUUUUAUUGUAUAUAUUCUAUCUGCAUUUUUAUUUGUUAAAGAUAACGAGACCAAUUUCCUUUUGUCGCUUCUAUCAUGAUAUUUCUAACUCAUUUGUCAUUGAUCUCAUAGCUCUUCAUGAUGCUCCCCCCUUAGUAUUUGCGUCAUCCAUUUUCUUUGUUUUUGUGGUGAUGUGCAGGUGGUCAGUUAGAUGAUCACGCGUUGGAAACUAUCUUGCAAAACUGUAAGCAUAACAAAAUUGUACAUAUAUAUCGUGACAAAUCAAGUUCUCUCAUCGUGAGAUCGACUUCUAGUCAAAUGCCAUCUAGCCGAACGAUGUCUUUUCCUUAUUUAUAUUUCGUAACUCAACGUAUAAAGGUUUUGUAUAUUUAUCAUAUCUGACUGCUUUCCCUCUAGAAUAUCUUUGGAGGAAAAAAAGUGACACACAAAGCCGUUAUGGAAUUCAUGGGACCUUUCCCGUGCACUAUUGACUCCCUGAUACGAGGAUGGCCGCCAAUCAAGCUUUCACCGUGGAAUGACUGGUUCAACAACAGAUUUAUUCAUGCCUUUUGCUGUGAAAUUUGGAAAGAGAGGAACGCCAGAACGUUUAAGGACGAAGCCAUGACGUGGAGAGCAGUCGUUCGAAAGAUCGGGAAUAACCUCCUGAAGUGGAGUUCCGCCCAUGGUGCUGUGAGUUCCCAUGAUGGUCUCAUUUGGCUUCACUCGAUUUAUCAUGCCUGCCAUUUGAUUCAGCCGCUGGAAGAGAGCUGAGAUAAAGAGAGCUGUGCUUUUUUGUCUUUCCCAGCUCCUCUGUUUACGCCUGCUUCGUUCUUUAGCAACCUUCUUUCUUCUCUAUUUUAGUUGGUUUUGUUGUUUUUCUGCUUCUUCCUGCCCAUGUCUUGAUCGCUUCUUGUGAUCUGAAUGGUGCUUUCUUGCUUCUUGUACUCUUCUCUUUUAGUUUGAUUCUAAUAUAUUCACCCUUAUAAAAAAAAAGAGCUAAGCUUAACAAAGUCCAUUCUCUUCACUAGUUGGUAAUUGAGAAAAGUUGUCGUCCAUCAGACAGUGGGAAAUUAGGUCUGGAUGAUUACAGUGUAACAACCGGAAAAUGUGCGGGUCCCGAGUAAUUAAGCCUUGAUUGGUCAAUCCUUAACUAACUAGUUUAGCUUAAUUGGUCAUCAACGUAACUUGUAUUUUAGUCUUAAAUUAUCCUUUAGUAAUUAAUUAAUUAGAUAUUGGCUCUCAAAAGUUAGUUAAGAUCGAUGAAUUCAUCGUAUCAAUGCUCUGAUUGGGUGUGAACAGAACAAGAAAGUCAUACUGAGGGGAGACUGGGAAGUCAAUGCCCUGCCCCCAUCUUUAUAAUGGCUUCCAAGUUGUUUAUGUGACUUAGUAGUCAAAAUCUGUGCAAAAGGGAAGAAAACACGAGGGAAAAUGUUGCAAAACAAGGAGUUAAUGCGUUCGGUCAGGAGCCUAACAUUUAUUUUUGGGCGGUUCGGUAGUGGAAUAAUGCAUGUCUUUACAGUUGUUCUUUUAGGUACAAAAGAAGUUCUUGUUUAAGAUUUUGUUUUCGACGAGAUCGUAUCUUAGUAUUGUUUGGCUUUCACAAGCUAGAUGGUCCUUGUUGUCUUCCAACCGUUAAGUAGACAAAAAUUUCUACUGAAUAUAAACAGGGUCGUCCAUUAGCAUGUGUCGGCCUGCACUACAACACAGUGUCUCUAUUAUUAUAUUACAGGGAAAAAAUUACGUGAGAGGUUAGAGGCCACGAGUUUCCGAGAAUUUUACAAUUUAAUCAAUAUAACGUGUAGCCAGUGGCGGAUACAUGGCUCUUUGAGGGUGUUCCGGGAUACUCCUAAAUUUUGAGAGCACGAUUAUUCAACCCUGUUAGUAUUUUGCAUAUUGGUGUAAAAAUAUAUUUAAGUGAUAGUGGGACACUCUUAAAAUUUGGGAAAAUGAUUAUCCAACCCCCAGCAGUAGUUUGCGUAUGUGUAAAUAAAAACGUUUAAGUGGUAGCUUAUAUGAUUUGAACUUGGGUCGCUGCUUUUAAAUCCAAAUAUACUAGUAAAAAACUAUUCCUAAUUCACAAUUACUUUAAAAGCUAACGAUUAAACUCAAUUACUGACUCUCCUUGUUUGGUAGGAUAUAUCGAGAGAGAUUUGUAGAGCAUUAUUAGACACAAAUUUUACAAUUUUUUCAGAAUACGAAACACAUCAUUGUGCUUUGUUGUAUUUUGUACAAGUUAGAUAUUUUCUAUUUAAUAAUUAAUUUAAUUAAAUUUUUAGAUGAGGACACCCCCUAUCUAAAAUUUAUGGAUCCGCUACCGCAUGUAACAUAUAGAUAAAAUAUCAGUUUGCCUUUAUCUAUUGGUAAACAUGUUAGAUAAUUAAUAUGCAUAUUCGGUCAUGGUUUCAUCAAUCCUCACUUAUUUGUUUUUCCAUUUUUUACACAUCUAUUUAUUUAACUAAGCUUGACUAACAUGUACGUUCAGUCCACCACUUUAAUAUUUUGAUAUUUUCUAAUUCUUAAAUUUCAAGUUUGUCCCUUUAACUCACAUUAUAUGAAUGCUCAUUUAUUUAAUUUAACUUUACUGAAAUAUUAGUUUAGUCUCUCAACUUUGAUAUUUUGAUCGUUUUUGUUUUUGAACAUCAAGUGUCUCAAUUUAGCUCCCAUUACAAUAAAAUUUAUAGUUUUUUUAGAACAGUUUGUGAAUGAAUAAUUGUAAAUUUA